AUGGAUCUUGAAUAUACAGUAACAGAAACUAUUACAACUCUUAGUGGUUCAGUUAUUGAAAUUAAUUAUGAAUUUGAAGAAAUUACAGUAGAAAAUGUUCAACGUGGUGUAGCCACCAAAAGAGAACGUCGCAGUCGAACAUAUAAUGCAAAUAUUACACGCCAAUUAUAUGAUAGUAUAGUUCGUAAAGUAGACGAUGCAUUACCAUUUGAUGAAUUUGUUAAUGUUUUACGUCCAUUUAUGAUGGGAUUUUAUGAAAGAAAUGAAUUGGAACAAGCAUUUUCUAUUUUAGAUAGAGAUCGUUCUGGUACUGUUCAUGUUGAUGAAUUAAGCGCUUUUUUACCGGUAAUUAAUGAAUCAGCAACACGUGAUACAUUGGAACAUUAUAUAAAACAAGUUUAUUCGAGUGUUGAAAAUGAUUUAAAUUUUGAUGAAUUUCGAGAAUUAAUCUUAAAAGGAAUUGGUCGUGAAAUACUCUGUCAUAGCUCAUGA